AUGGAUGCUGAGCAUUUGUCACAGUACUGGCACACAGACCUGAGUGCCUGUGCUUUGUUGAACGCACUGGACACCAUUGUACAGGCUUCGCGCCACCAUAUGGAGGUAUUCUGUAGUCUGAGGCCUGACCUGCUGUUUUUGACGAAGAACGUUUUGGAGCAUCCUGACAAUUUUGAGUUUAUGGAAAAGACGCUAGCGAUUUUAUUGAAUGUUGUUAAUUUCUCUAAACCUAUCCCGCAGGAGUGCUGGGAUAUGCUUCCCUUACUGUUUCAAGCCGUUGAUUCUGGAAUUGGCGUGGAUUUUUUUGUUGCCAUUGAGGAGGUGCUUGAUAGUUUCAUCUCGAACGGGACGGUUGAGUUUCUUCAGAACGCCCAGCUCAUGGAGGCAACCUACCAGGUGUGCGAGAAGAUGUUGUUUCACUGUGUUGCUGGCGUUGACGAUCAGAUUGCCGUGCCGCAGUUGAUUGAGGCGAUGUUGCAUCAGGCGAAACACUUAGAGGCUGCACCGAGCUUGUUUGACGCGCACCUCCCCCGCUUUGUCUCGUUGCUGUUUCGGGCUCUCGUGGACGACUCCAUUCGCCAAGGCGAGGUACGGCUGCAGAUUUGGAUCAUUGCGGCACUGAUGGAUGCAUUUUACUACAACGCCGCAGCAACGCUGCAUAUCAUGGUCAGCCACAACGCUUACCCGCAUUUUUUUGACGCAUUCUUUCACUUCUUUCGUGCUGCUGUCAAUUCCUCCAAGGUUGAGAAGGAGAGGAAAAAACGGAAGCACGACGCGGCGAGCGAGGUCGUCGAGAAUCUCUCUAUUCUCACCCGCAAAGUCAUUGUUUUGGGGUUGACUGCCCUCUUGGAGCACAUUGUCACCGACGGCGGGAGCAGCAGCAGCGGUAUAGGCCUUGCCGCGUUUGAUGCCUACCUUUCACCGACGCUGGCGCUGAUUCAGCACUGCAUCUUUGCCAACGAUGUUCUUUUGGCGUCGCGCUGUCGCAUUACGGCGGGAAACUUGGAUAAGAUUCGUCGGGGCGUCGAGGUUGAGGACGUAUGUGACGUAGACCUCGAGGAUGAGGAUGUGCUCGGUGUUGACGACGGCAGUGAUGUGGAGACCGACGAUGACGAUGACGAUGACAACGACGAUGAAUUGGAAGAUGAUGAAAUCGGUCACCUUCAGGACGAGGGUGAUGACUACGAAAGCCCCAUCGAUGAUGUGUGCGAAGUGACACUCUUUUUGCAGUGGGUUGAAAAGGUGACGUGCCUCGGUGAUGGCAUGCAGCGGCACCUGCGUACUGCUCUCUCCAAGUCGUUGCAGGAGUUCCGUGACGCCGAAACCACAGCGUUGCGCUACCGGCAACUAGUGCAGGAGUUGGAUCGUGCGAUGGAUGCGGAUUACGCAGCUCGCUCCGCCGUUGCAGCAAAUUCUUAA